UGUACAGAUCAUUAUGUGAAUUUAGUUUAUGAAUAUUUCAAGUCUUGAUUAAGAGGGGUACCCAGAGAAUUUUCUAUUGAAAAGCACGUAGAAAUGGCCUCACUUUUGAAUGAUUACUUUUACAACUAUUGAUAGCGGUUCCAUCAAUAUAAUUUGAGAUAAAGAAAACUGGGUAGCUCCCCUCUCUCUCUUUCUCUCUCUCUCUCUCUCUCUCUCCACCCUUAACCACCCUUAACAGGAGCAACAUUGGCCACCUCCUGACAUGGAACCCGAAGCCGAAUCUGAGAUCCAGGAAGAAGCCAAAGAGAUGGGCUCAGAGGAGAAGCAUAAGCAAACAGUGGAGGCAAGAGUAAGAAGACCACCACACAAUUACGUGGCCAUCGUGAAAGAUUCUGUCGUGCCCAUUGAGACUUCCUCUCUCGACAAGCUCUGCGAUCAGCUCUACAACGGAGUGGUUCUGCAAGGGGGGAAGAGAAAAUACUGGGUCGAUAGGGAUCUGAACAAGAAUUGCUUCAUGGUGUUUGCGAGGGAGCUUGCAAUAACAUGGGGCCACGAGCCCCAGUACUGGGAAUGGAAGACCGUCGAAGAGUCCGGUGUGGAUAUAAAGGUAGCUGAACUGAGAAGUGUUUGCUCGCUGGAAAUCAAUGGGAAGUUCCGAACGAUCGUGCUUUCUCCAAAGACCUCGUAUGAAGUCUCGUUGUUGGCAUCAAUGACUGAGUCAAGUCAGGGUUGGGGUGUUCCUGUGAACAUCAACAUUACUUUACCGGAUAAGUUGAGUCUAGGACACAUGGAGAGUUUGCAGCAUAUGCCCCGAGGAAGGUGGACAAAUAUUUUGAUGGGCGAAUUCGAGAUGUCGUCCGAAAAUAUUGGGGAACUCACAUUUCAUAUAUCAGAAUGCAGUAAUAAUUGGAAGCAGGGGCUAGUCAUCAAAGGCGUUGCUUUUCAACCCAAAAAGUGAAGUUGGAAGGUGUGGUGGCUUUGGCUAUUCGUUUCUUAUGUUAAAAGUAAAAAACAGCCGUGCGACUCGUGGGUACCAAUAAUUAUGUGUAUAUUCUUGUCACUUGCUCACGUUGUACCUUGUGAGGCAUGUUAUUUCUUGUUUUUCUUGAGUUUAUUUUUUUUUUUUUUUUAACAAAGGAUAGCUUGAAACUUUUGGUUUAUUCGACCCUAAAAUGGGUAGCUAAGUGGUUAACCACUUGAUCUGAAUUAAGUAGAUCAUGUGUUUAAA